UCAAAAUGGAUACGAGUUGGGACAUACAUGAUGACAUGAAUCUAUACAUAACGCCGGAGCGUUUCGUUGUGGAACCCAAUGGUAAGGACGAGAUACUGGUAAUUGAUCGUGUUGUGAACACGGUGCGAGUGCAAAGCAAAGGCAACCAACUUAACAAUCAAGUGCCUACCAGACGUGUGUGUGGCAUUCUGGGCACCAUACAAUUGCUCGGUGGACAUUAUUUGGUUGUAGCAACUCAUCGCCUUUACGUAGGCAUGCUUAAUGGCGCUAUAAUAUGGCGUUUAGCUGGUUAUGAUAUUAUUCCUUACAUUCCAACAAUUACACAUUUACGUCCGAAGCAACGCGAACAAAAUGAAACUUAUUUAAAUAUGCUACGGCAAACUUUGGACACUCGUUUUUUCUAUUUUUCCUACUGGUACGAUUUAACGCACACACUUCAGCGAUUACAUGGUAUGCCACCAGAUUUUAUGAAGAAUGGAUUAUUCGAUCGUGCCGAUGAACGUUUUGUAUGGAAUGGCGCAUUACUACGUAACUUCAACUGUCCCGAAAUGCGCAAAUUCGCUCUGCCAAUUGUACUUGGCUUCGUUUCCAUUAAUCAAGUGCAAGUUAACGGUCAAACAUUCUUUUGGUCAAUAAUAUCUCGCCGCUCCAUACAUCGUGCUGGCACACGUUUCUUUGCGCGCGGCAUUGAUGAGACGGGCAAUGUGGCUAAUUUUGUCGAAACGGAACAAAUUGUCGAGUAUAAUGGGCAGCGCAUCUCUUUUGUACAGACACGUGGGAGCAUGCCAUUCUUCUGGCGUCAACUACCCAAUCUACGUUAUAAACCGGAUCCGGAACUGACGCCUGGCAAAGACCAUUUAGGGGCAUGCACGAAACAUUUUGAAACCCAAAUAAUGUUUUACGGGCGUCAAGUUAUACUAAAUUUGGUGGACCAGAAACGUGCCGAAGGCAAUAUGGAACGUGCAUUCCGUACAUUUGUUGGACAAAUGAACAAUCCAAACGUGCGCUAUGAAGCCUUUGAUUUUCAUGCUGAGUGUAAAAAAAUGCGCUGGGAUCGCUUGCAAAUACUCAUUGAUCGCGUAGCACAUGAGCAGGACGAGUUUUCGGUUUUCCAUUUACGUGAGGACGGCAGUUUGGUAUCAGCUCAAGAUGGUGUUUUCCGUACGAAUUGUAUUGACUGCUUGGACCGCACCAAUGUUGUGCAAAGCAUGUUGGCCAAACGUUCACUAAAUGCUGUACUACAAAAGUUGGGUAUCUUACAAGCUGGUCAAAUGGUAGAGCGUGCUUCACCCAACUUCGAGUACGUUUUUAAGGGGGUUUGGGCUGAUAAUGCUGAUGUAGUAUCAUUACAAUACUCCGGUACUGGCGCUCUAAAGACCGAUUUCACUCGCACAGGCAAACGUACAAAAGCUGGUCUCAUGCAAGAUGGUAUUAACUCGGCAACACGUUACUAUCUGAAUAACUUCGCCGACGGUAGCAGACAGGAUGGCUUUGAUCUAUUUCUGGGCAAAUAUGUUGUAAAAUCCGAUGAAGGUAACUUACUGCCGUCACCUUUGGUAGUCACACGCACUUGGCGUUACAAUACGAUUCCUUCCGUUUUACUUUUCGCUGUCGCCAUGCUUUUCAUCACCGCCAUAUUCCCGGCUGAAUUUAAUACAGAAAGUUUAUUAUUCCUCCUAUUCUGGGGUACUAUGAUUGGAGUGAGUACAACUGGCAUAUUACAUUACGGAGUUGAAUUCGUUGAUUGGCCGCGACUAAAUCCGCCAAUUAAAAUCGAGGCCUAGCAAAUAUGGGAACGGCGUUAUUAUCUACGUUUAGACUAUUAAAAAUUCAUAUAACGCCUCAAUCGUAUGUUUCAACACACAAAGCAGUGAAUUCAUUCAGGAAUUAGAUAAAGUUACGAUCAACUUAUAGCCUUUUGAUCGUUGUGAAAUACUUUCGGCGGCAGAGUAUUCAACUAAAAAAUUUUUGCUUGUUAACGCCCAAUUUGUGUUUAUAUUAAAGAAAAAAAUAUUUGACUAAAACAAUAGUAUACACAUCAAAGUAAACGCAUUAGUAUUUCUAGUGGCAAGCGACCUAAGCAAUUAUUACAUUAGCAAUUGUAAAAUUUUCCUAAAUAAAAGCAGAAACAGUUAAAUUAUAAAAAAAAUUAA